AUGCGUUUUCCGUCGCCCAUCGUAGCAUUGCUCAUCGCCGCAUGUGCCCUCCCCGGCGAGGCACAGCGGCGUCGACUCAGCGACCAGCAAGCGGCCCUCAUGGUCGAUGGCGCCGUAGCACAGGAAGAUGUUUCCAAGAUUGGCGAGGAAGCAAUGGUCGAAACCAUCGUCCCCGUCAUCAACGCGACUCUGCCCUCGUCGCGGCCGGCGAUCCAGCCCACGCCGCAGGCCAUGCCAGCCAAACCGAUACUACCGAUUACCGCUCUGCUCUACAGCUCCUCGCCAGGACCAAAGGAAUGUCGCGGUACACCGGUCUUUCAAUUGAAUGUUCCCAAGGGUGCAGGUAUUGCAACGCCGACGGGGCCGACGUGUUAUAAUGUCACGAGAGCCGCGCAGGCCGAGUGUGGGACCUUUAUGGCAAACAUGGAAGAUGGAUGUCAGGCUAGAGUAUUUGCCGAGCCUGGAUGCAAGAGCUUUACGAAUCUUGCAGUCUUCAUGGAGGAACUCCGCCCGGUAGGGGGCGUCAUUCGAAGCAUCGAAGUCCAGUGCGGCAUCAAGAGUACGCAGCCGGCACCACUGAACCUGAAUCUGCCCGUCAAACAAAAGCCGGAGAAGGCUUCGGCAUCGGGUUGA